UUAUUAAUAAAAGUGUGAUGGUUGGUAUGCAGGUCGCAAGGUGAGCAUGUCAUCGGAGAGAGCCAGUAUAGAACAGUUAUGGCAGUUCUGCUCACUCAGAACCCAGGGUCUCCGGGUCAACUGUGUCACCUUCUGCAGGACCUCUCCAUGGCUGGUGCUGGCGACGUACGGGCCGCUGGGGUUCACUGGAGACAGCUAUGGCUUCUUGGUGGGUUGGAACGUUAAAAGGAUCCCUCAGCCAGAACUAUGGCUUCCACUACCAGGACCAGCUACUGUAGUCAGUUCGUGUCCCUCGGCACCUCAACUCUGUUGUGUGGCUCUCCUUGAUGGCACCUUGCAUGUGUACCAGCUGGACACCUCCACCCCACAGCUGGUUAUGGAUACCAGCGUGAGUGUGGACAAGCACUGUUGUGCUGUGUGGAGUGUGGAGUGGCGUGACUCCCAGGUAGUCAGCAGUAGCGCCACCAAGAAAACACUUACACCCGCAGGAGAUAGACCUCCCUCCUUCAGGAGACUUGUCAUCGACAUGCAGCAGGGACCACCGACGAGUGGGUCAGAGAUCGCCUACGUCCUGGUAUCAUCAUCAGAGGAUGGAACAAUCAAGGAGUGGAUCUUUCUCAAGGGAACCAUCCUGUGCUGCACCACUUUGUUGAAUGUUCGUAUACCCUUGUGGUUGUCUCUGAGGAUCUGUGGAGGAUUGGAAACUUUGCUGGGGAGGAGUGGUGACCCUUCUGGAGGAGCAGGUCCUAAUAAUGUUGGGGGCCUUCCUCUACCCCAGAAAGUCCCAGCCACCUCUAUGCAUUUCCGACCUGGGGACAAGACCACUUACCUAGUGGGAACCGCUGCUGGGGACGUCCUGCUGUGUCGGACGUUCGAGAGAGAGCGUGUGGGAGGCGUGUACGAGGGUCACAGCGCCUUGGUGACCCGCGUGUCUUGGCGUACUACAGGGGAGGAUGCCAACUCUAUCUUCCUCUCCGCCGCUCUUGACGACUCCAUCAGGGUCUGGCACAUUGACAAGCCCGUUCCCAUCUGCGUCCUUAAACUGGUCGAGCAGACAGUAUCAGGCGGGUACCUGGACGCAUGCUGGUGUCCCUGGUAUGGGAAUUUGAUUGCAGGCGUGCAUGGGGGCGGCCUCCACCUCUGGGACAUCUCUCUCUCCACCCACACACCCAUCCUCACCCACCAGCACCCAGGGGCCACCUGCGUCGCCUUCAGCCCCCAUACCAGGAACGUGGUAGUGGGUGACUCUGAUGGACGUCUCAGUGUAAUUCACCUUGAAGGGUUGCAGCUCUCAGCUAGCAUUUUCCUCAGAUACUCUACCAAAAUUUCUAAGCUAGCCAAGAUUGGCGUCAUCCCUGUGGAUUGCUCCUCCUGAGGUUAACUUUGGGUCACUGAAACAAGGCUGUAGCGGAGUGAGGUCAUCUACAAGUCACUUAAACAAGGCUGUAUUGGAGUGAGGUCAACUAUAGGUUACUAAAACAAGGUUGUAUUGGAGUGAGGUCAACUACAGGUUGCUGAAACAUGACUAUAGUGAAGGAAGGUUGAAUAAGGGGUCACUGAAGCAAGGCCAUAAUGAAGUGAGAUCAACUUCAGAUCCCUAAAUUAGUCAUGGCGGAAUCUACAAGUGUCACAACACUGGAAUAAGAACUUGUUGGUUAUAUCGUAUGAUUGCUUGCACCAAGAGCAAUGUAGAAUUGCAAAUAUAGUAUCAGUAUAAUUGUGUAAUAUUGCCUUUGCAAAAUAAUUAGAGAAAUGUCUUGUUACUUUAUAUAAACUUCGUUUCAUAUUCAUGACCAAACAUUCAUCAACAACCAUCACUCGAAGAUGUCCCGGAUUUUCUUCCAAUAACUGAGUGUUUAAACUUACUAGACUUUUUAAUAAACUGUAUAUACAUUA